CGACCCAAGCUUGAUGGAGUGUUUCUUCUCCUUCAUGUCGACAUAUGAGCAGCAACAACCAUCAGCACCUGCGCAAUCAGUCAACAGCAACAACAACGACAACAACAACAACAACAACAACAACAACAACAACAACAACAACAACAACAACAACAACAACAACAACAACAACAACAACAACAACAACAACAACAACAACAACAACAACAACAACAACAACAACAACAACAACAACAACAACAACAACAACAACGUCAGAGGCAUCGACAUUAGAGUGGCUCCUAUGAGCCUGGAUGGCUCGUCCUUUGCGCACGGGAAUCAGCAACCCAUCUAUGCACCUUAUCAAGCUUUAUGGGCAUCCUUCACUUGACAACCGUCCAGAUGCAGCAUGGCGAG